AAACAAAAACGCUAUCAGCUGUCAUCUGUCACUCUACUACUAAAUCUGUAAGCAGUGUGCGAAAAAAAUUACAAUAAAAAGGGAAAAAGGAGCAGUGUAAAAUUUUUAAACAGUCUAUUUUACCGCAUAGAAAAUGUUCUCCAGAAAUAUAACUAACGUCUUUGUCCGUAAUUCAUUUAUGAGCCAAUCAUCAAAAGUUUACCGUAAUAUUUCAAUUACGUCUGUAAAUCAGGACAUUGUUAAAAUCCAAAGCACAGAUGACUUUAAGAAAAAAGUAAUAAACAGCAAGGUCCCAGUUGUUGUGGAUUUCUUUGCCACGUGGUGCAAUCCUUGCAGGAUGUUAACACCACGUUUAGAAUCUGUUAUCUCUGAAAACAAGGGCAAAGUAAUUCUGGCCAAGGUGGACAUUGAUGAACAAACUGAUUUGGCUUUAGAUUAUGAAGUGAGUUCUGUGCCUGUUCUCAUUGCUAUGAAGGAUGGUAAAGUGCAGCACCGUCUAGUUGGCUUGCAGGAUACUGACAAAUUGAGGAAGUGGAUUGAACAAUUCACAAACGAAGAAUCUAAAGCCAAAGUUAAGGCAUAGAUUAGUUGUUGUACUUAUAUUGUUGUUGAAAUAUCUAUGUAGUUGAUGGAAUAAAUUAAAAUAAAACAAAA